CUUACUUUCUCGCAAUACUCGCAUUCUCAUCGAAUCGUCUUCUAUUUUUUAAUUUCUUUUGGUUGACUUUCUUUUUACGUUUAAUUUAUGUCUGUAUUAAUUCAGACACAGCUGAAUUUCAUAAAGUGAAACAGGACUACGAAAUUUUAGUUGAAACUAGUUAUUUGUUCUAUACUACUUAACCAUGGCAGAUAGUGAUGAUGAGUAUGAUCGGAAACGACGCGAUAAAUUUCGUGGCGAAAGAGGAGCGGCUGAGGGCAGUAGCUAUCGCAGCAGUGAUCGUCGUGAAGAAAGAAGUAGAGGUCGCGAAGAUUGGUCUGAUAGACCUCGUGGCGGACGAUCCGGGCCUGACUAUAGAGACUAUCGAGGUGGAGCUGGUGCUAGCCGUGGUUAUUCACCAGUUAGAGGAGAAGGGCCACCAAGCAAACGUAUUAGACCUGAUUGGCCUAUAGAAGACAGAAGAUAUGGAGGCAUGCCACAUGAUUCAUAUGGUUCAUAUGGUUGGGCACAUGAUCACUUUGGACCACAUCCAGCUCACCAAGGGUAUGGUCAACCAAUGCCACCAGUGCCAGCCAGAGAGAAUGUGCUACCAAUGGGACCUGCUGAUGGUCCACCUACCAUGAUGUCAUUUAAGGCAUUCUUGGCUGCUCAAGAUGAUUCUAUUACUGUUGAAGAUGCUAUUAAGAAAUAUAAUGAAUACAAGCUUGAAUUUAGGAGGCAGCAGCUUAAUGAAUUCUUUGUUGCUCAUAAAGAUGAAGAGUGGUUCAAGAUAAAAUAUCAUCCUGAGGAAUCUGUGAAAAGAAAAGAAGAACAACUAGGUGCCUUGAAGAAUCGCCUCAAUGUGUUUCUUGAAUUGCUAGAUCAAGGAGAAUUAGAUAAAGUAACAGUUGAUGUUGACAAGUCUGAAAAGUUGAUAAGGCUUCUUGACACUGUAGUCAUCAAGUUGGAAGGAGGUACUGAGGAAGAUCUUAAAGCAUUAGAUGAACCACCACCCCAGGAAACCACUAAUACUGCUGCUACUGAUAAGACAGAUAAAGGGGACGCCGACAAACCUGUUGUUAUAGAUGUGGAUGCUGUAAAAGUAAAAGACGAGAAAGAAGAUGAAGAAAAAAAGGAAAAGGAGAAGCCUGAUUCGAGCCCUAAACCUACAGCUCCAUUAACAAUGGACAUUGAUCCGCAGUUACUCCAAUUACAAGAACAGGCAAAAUUGUUCUCCCGCAUUAAUUCUGUAACAGGGGAACCCGAACCUGAGCCUGAAGAAAAAGAGCCACCACCACCAGGAUCAUCAUCAAGCUCAUCAUCCUCUAGUUCAUCAUCAUCCAGCUCUGAAGACGAGGAUGAACCUAAAAUUCGGCGCAAAUCCAAGUCUAAAUCUAAAACACCAGAUAAAUCACCAAAGCAAAAAGAAAAGUCGCCGAGUGUAGAAAAAAUUAUAGAACCCAAUGAGAAUGAUAAAGUUAAGGAGAAAAGUGCUGAUGAAAAGUCAGAAUCUGCAAUUGAACCUGCUGUUGAAAAGAAAGAAACCAGGGCUCUACAUAAAACUACUUCAAUUUUCUUAAGAAACUUAGCUCCUACCAUUACUAAAGCGGAAGUGGAAGCCAUGUGCAAGCGUUAUGGCGGUUUCUUACGUGUGGCCUUAGCCGAUCCACUUCCGGAGCGGCGCUGGUUUCGACGUGGCUGGGUAACUUUCCGUCGUGAAGUCAACAUUAAAGAUAUAUGCUGGAACCUCAAUAACAUAAGGCUACGCGAAUGCGAGUUGGGCGCGAUCGUAAACCGCGACCUGCAGCGUCGCAUCCGCGCUGUUUCGGGCGUGACGCUGGAGCGUGGCGUGCUGAGGGCGGACGCCCGGCUGGCCGCACGGCUCGCGCACUCGCUCGACUCCCGCUCGCGACUCUGGGGAGAGGAACCCACCAACGGCGACUCGCAGCAAAACUCGCAGACCUUCAGCUUAAAUUCGAAAAAUCCAGUACUUCACAAAAUAACUGAACACUUGAUUGAAGAAGCGUCAACUGAGGAGGAGGAGUUAUUAGGGCUCGAGGCUUCAUCAGAUUCAUCGGCACAAGAGCAAGCGGACCCUGAGCUGGUGCGUGUGUUGGAUCGCCUCGUGCUGUAUCUACGAAUCGUGCACUCAGUAGAUUAUUACAAUCACUGUGAAUAUCCAUACGAAGACGAAAUGCCCAAUCGCUGUGGUAUCAUGCACGCUCGGUCAGGACCACCUGCCAAUAAGCCAAGUCAACAAGAGGUUCAAGAUUACAUCAAAGCAUUUGAAGGGAAAAUGUCUGCAUUUUUGCAAGAUAUUAAACCUCUUUCUGAUGAGGAAUUGCAAAAACUUGGUAUUAAGGACCCUGAUGCAGAAGUUGAGAAGUUUAUACAAGCCAAUUCUCAAGAACUGUCCAAGGAUAAAUGGUUGUGUCCUUUGAGCGGCAAGAAGUUCAAAGGCCCUGAUUUCAUUAGAAAACAUAUUUUCAAUAAACACGCUGAAAAGGUGGACGAGGUGCGUCGCGAGGUGUCGUACUUCAACGCGUACGUGCGCGACGUGCGCCGGCCGCAGCAGCCCGAGCCCGCGCCGCGCCACGCGCCGCCCGCCGCGCACGCGCACCACGCACCGCCAUACGGCGGCGGAGCAGGUGUGGGCCCGCCGGCUGGUCGAUGGGGCUGGGGCGGCUGGGCGCCGGCGCCGCCAGCGCCCUACGCUCCAAGACACCCGCGCUUCUCGAGACCCAGGGGCGGUGGACAGGAUUUCCGCCCGGUCAUACACUACCGCGACCUGGAUGCGCCGCGCGAUCCUGACGAGUUCGUAUAACAUGGAAUCUAGUGUGGACAACUUGCUAAAGGACCUCGUAGAAUUCUAACCACGUAAUAUAUAGUGACAACUUAUAAUGUCGGGCUGUUUGAAUUUGCCUUCUCAGAGUGUAUUCUAAUAAUAUAC